AUGUCAAUCACAGGUGAUAAGCUUAGGGUUGAUAGCUCCGUUGUAAAGAGUUGGUUCGACGGUCCUGUGGACAGCAUGAUUUGUCAUGUAAAAGAUAUAUUAUCUGAGCCAAAAAUGAAAGAUGUGAAACUAAUGCUCUUAGUAGGUGGCUUCGGGGAGAGUCGAUAUGUGCAAGAUAGAAUGGUGAAAGAAUUUGGCAGCAAAUACGUGAUUAUCCCGGAAGAAGCGGGACUUGCUGUUCUGAAAGGCGCCGUGAGAUUUGGCCACGAUCCUGAUAUAAUGUCUGCACGAGUGAUGCAGUAUACCUACGGGAUUCGUAUUCUGGUUCCAUAUGAUGAGUUUUUACAUCCGUCUAGAAAGUUAAAGGUCGUAAAUGGUGAGAAGAAAGCGAAGGAUGUGUUUGAUAAGUUUGUCACAGUUGGCUCGGAAAUUCCUGUCGGAUACAAGGUUACUAAGAGGAAAACCCCAAACGAUAUGAACCGUACAUUUAUACCUGUAUUCAGAGCAUCUUCUGAUGUUCCGUAUUUCACAACAGAUCAGGGUUGCAUGGAAAUCGGAUUUCUGGUGAUAAAUCACCCUGAAGGUAAAAGUCUGCAAGAUAAAGUAUUUGAUGUCACAUUCACAUUUGGUGAUACAGAGCUGUUUGUGGAGGCAAAAAUGCUGCAUUCUGAAAGAGAAUUUAGUUUUGACCAUCGACUGCUUGAAAUGAAAUGUGAGAACAAAAUAUAA